GGUCUUGCACCCAGGCGUACUAAGCGAUCAAGCAAGCUACAAAAAGCGUGAGUCUCGACUGAAGUGAAGUCUGCUGAAGAUGAACAAAACGUUUAGAAAAUAACUAAACCGUACAGCAGAAGUUGUCAAAAUUUCCGAUUUUGAGGCAAAGUGUUUGCAGACUAUUAAUUGAAUUUAAGAAGAAAUAAUGCCGCUUAAAAACAGGCACUAUCGGAGACGAUCACGCUCCAGUUCUGCCUCCAGUACAGAACGCUCAAGCCGCUCAAGGAAGAAACCGAAAAGCAGAAGGAAGUCUCGCUCAAUUUCACCGUCUACCUCAGGUAGCUCACCCAGCCCGGACCGGGGAGCCAGCCCCUCUGACAAGAAGAGUUCCAAAAGCAAAGGCAAAACCAAGGACUCGGGGUCCAGGUCUCGGUCCCAAACACCAGUUAAAAGCAAGAGCAGGCGGUCCAAGUCGAAGGAGCGGGCAGGGAGCCCGACAGAAAAGAAGUCGUCCAAGAGUAAAGGCCGAUCCAGGAAAUCGCAGUCCAGGUCACGAUCUCGGACCCCCUCUAAGAGCAGCAAGAGCCGGCGAUCGAGGUCCCUGUCUAAGGAUCGGGAGGAGCGAGAACGGGAAAAAGAACGGGAACGGGAAAAGGACCGGGAACGGGAAAAACGGCGGGAGAGGGAAAGGGAACGAGAACGCGAACGGGAACGGGAACGGGAAAGGGAAAAAGAACGUGAGAGGGAGCGGGAGCGAGAAAGAGAACGCGAACGGGAACGUGAACGAGAGAGGAACAGGAAAAGGAGGGCUCGGUCAAGAAGCAGAGAACGCAAGCGCUCGCGCUCCCGCAGCAGAGACAGACGCAGGUCGCGCUCCAAAAGUCGCGAGCGGAAGAAACGGCGAUCACGCAGUCGUAGCCGGAGCCGGGAGCGCGGUGACCGGAGACGACACUCCCCGUCCCACAGCCCCAAACGGAGCUCCAAGGCUGCUCCAGACGACACAGCUGCUCCUGGCGAAGUGCCAAAGGUCAAGCAAGAAGCUGGAGUGCAGAAUGAAAAAGAUGCGGAGGUCAAGAAGGAGGCGGGGUCAGAGGUCAAAGAGGAAGGAGAUGCAAAGCCAAAGGUGAAGGAAGAGAAAGGGUUGCCAUUGGAGCAAAAACGUCUGGAAGAAGAAAUGCAGAGAAGACGGGAGCGCAUUGAACGAUGGCGACAGGAACGGAAGAAAACGGUAGACAUGGCUGCGGUCAAGGCCGAGGCUCAACUACAGGCAGAGGCCAUGGCCAAGUCAAGUGGGAAGAAGUGGAGCCUUGAAGACGAUGAUGACGGUGACGAUGAUGCAGAUGAUGAAGCAGAAGAGGAAAUGGAGACCUCGGAGGAACCAAAGCCAGAACCCAAGGUGGAGCCUGAGAAUGGCAUCGUCAAGACCGAGGCGGCCGUCCCAGAGCCAAAAAGUGAACUGGACGAGGCGAGGGAGAAGAUGGAGGAAGCUCGGCGCAAGAUGGAGGAGAAGAUACGAGCCAAGGAGCUCAAGCAGGAGCAGGCCGCAGCCGCGGCUGCGGCUGCCAAGAAGGAAGAAGAAGACGAUGAUGUCGACCCGCUGGACGCCUUCAUGCUGGGAGUCAAUGAAGAGGUCAAGAAGAUCAACCAGAGUGACCGGAAGAAGAUGCCAGGGGGUGAUAAGGCCAUCGCGGUACCGGCUACAGACCAAACCGAGGGAAAUGGAGAAGUCAAGAAGUCAAAGGUCAGCAUCAUGACGGGGGUCGCGGUCAAGAAAAAGGCUGCUCCGAUCGUCAUUGACAAACUGACCAAAGGCGAACUCAUGGAAAAUGACCAAGAUGCUAUGGAGUAUUCGUCGGAGGAUGAGAAAGAAUCGAACCUUAUGGACCAGGUAGCCGCCCUGGAACAACGAAAGAAGAAAGAGCUAGCCACGGUAGACCACUCCAAGAUAGAGUACAAACCGUUCAACAAGAACUUCUACGUUGAGGUGCCAGAGUUGGCUAAAAUGACAGCUGAAGAGGCUGACGUGAAGCGGGCCGACAUGGAAGGAAUCAAAGUACGAGGGAAGGGCUGUCCUAAGCCCAUCGAUGCUUGGGUGCAGUGUGGCGUCUCCAGCAAAGUGCUGUCUGUUCUGAAAAAGAAUAAAUACGAGAAGCCCACGCCAAUCCAGGCCCAGGCUAUCCCAGCGAUCAUGUCGGGUCGCGACCUCAUCGGCAUUGCCAAGACGGGAAGCGGCAAGACUAUCGCGUUCCUCCUGCCCAUGUUCAGACACAUCAUUGACCAGGAUCCCCUGGAGAUGAACGAGGGUCCCAUCUCUUUGAUACUGACCCCAACACGUGAGCUGGCCAUGCAGAUCUACCGGGAAUGCAAGAAGUUCACCAAGGCCCUUGGUCUUAACGCCAUCUGUGUGUAUGGGGGAACGGGAAUCAGUGAGCAGAUUGCAGAGUUGAAGAGAGGGGCAGAGAUUAUCGUCUGCACACCAGGGCGGAUGAUUGACAUGUUGGCCGCCAACAAUGGCCGUGUGACCAAUCUGCGGCGCUGCACGUAUCUCGUUCUGGACGAAGCCGACAGAAUGUUUGACAUGGGAUUUGAACCGCAGGUAAUGAAGAUCAUUGACAGUAUCCGGCCAGAUCGGCAAACAGUUUUGUUCUCAGCAACAUUUCCCCGAGCCAUGGAAGCUCUAGCGCGCCGCAUCCUCACCAAACCCAUCGAAGUCACGGUUGGUGGUCGGAGUGUGGUGUGCUCUGACAUCGAACAGCACGUGAUCGUCCUCGAAGAGGAACAGAAGUUCCUGAAAUUGCUAGAGCUUCUUGGGAUGUACCAGGAGGAGGGCAGCGUCUUGGUGUUCGUGGAGAGGCAGGAAUCGGCGGAUUGUCUGCUGAAAGAUUUGAUGAGGGCAUCCUACCCCUGCCUGGCACUGCACGGCGGGAUAGACCAGUACGAUAGAGACUCCAUCAUCCAGGAUUUCAAAACGGGUAAUGUGUCCCUGAUGGUUGCCACGUCAGUCGCUGCACGCGGUCUGGAUGUCAAACAGCUGAUCCUAGUCAUAAACUACGACUGUCCCAAUCACUAUGAGGACUACGUUCACAGAGUGGGGCGCACAGGCCGGGCGGGAAACAAAGGCUUUGCCUAUACGUUCAUCAUGCCAGACCAGCAACGGUACUGUGGUGACAUCAUCAAGGCAUUGGAACUGAGCGAGCAAAAGCCACCUCCGGAUCUAAUGACGCUGUGGACGGAGUACUGUGACCAACAGAAAUCAGAAGGGAAGAAAGUGAUGCGGAACAGCGGUUUCAGUGGCAAGGGCUUCAAGUUUGACGACACGGAGCGUGAACUGGCCAACGAGAAGAAGAAACUGCAGAAGGCGGCGCUGGGCCUGCAGGACUCAGACGAAGAGGAGGCAGGAAUGGACAUUGACGACAAGAUUGAGAACAUGUUUGCGUCCAAGCGACGUGUCAAGGAGGUCUCAGCCGAUGAAAUUUCGGUGUCCCUGCCCAACCCAACCUUGGCCAAGCCCGUGGACACCGCCAACAUCAACCAGGCUAACCUGCAACUCGCGAAGAAGAUGGCGGAGCGCAUUAACCGGAAUCUGGAGAGUGUGAAGCAAGUCAGUGUGGUGCAGCAGGCAGCUCAAGCCGUUAUGCAGGGCAAUACGCUGGUAGCGCCGGCCAUCUCAGGCCGAACGAUAGCAGAGCAGUUGGCCGAAAAAAUCAAUGCUAAGCUGAACUAUGUGCCGCGAGGCACCGACGAAGAGGUCUCUGCGGAGAAGGAGAAACAGGUGUUCCGGAAGUACGAGGAAGAACUUGAAAUCAAUGACUUCCCACAGACGGCAAGGUGGAAGGUCACAUCCAAGGAGAAUCUGGCUCAGAUUCAGGAAUACAGCGAGGCUGGCAUCACCAUCCGUGGGACCUACUUUCUUCCGGGCAAGGAACCAAAGGAGGCGGAAGGAGAACGCAAACUGUACCUUGCCAUCGAGAGUGCUAACGAGCUUGCUGUACAGAAAGCCAAGGCAGAAAUCACUCGACUUAUCAAGGAAGAACUGAUUAGACUGCAAAAUUCCUAUCAGCCAAUCAACAAGGGACGAUACAAGGUCUUAUGAGGUUCCCCAGAACCAAAACACUAUGAACAGUGGACAGCAACCAUCAAGUAUUUCAUUUCAAAUUUCAUUUGUACACAAUUUUUGAAUUGGGGUCAUUCACAUGUGUAACACUUAGGUUACAUUUCUAGAUGUACCGGGACUUGUUAAAUCAGCAUGUAGCCUUGAACCAACUAGAGAGGGUGAUGUUAAGCCUAAAGCGCACUCAGGCUUGGUCUGAAUGACUUAUUUGGCUCCAGCGUGCAAUUCGGGCGAUUCACAAUGCAGAGCGCCACCAAUAGUUAGCCACGGAGAGUCCAUUUUUCCCC